UCUUCCCUGCCCGGGCGGGGGUUCCGGGAACCGGCCGGGGCGGGGCGAGAAGGCGACGGCCGCACGGGUCGUGGAGGCUGCGGCUGCGGGGUUGCCCCGUGCUUGGUCUGUCUGUCCGUCCGUCUGUCCGUCCGUCGGCCAUGGCUGCGCCGGCGCCUGCACCGCGGACCCUGUUGCUCCUGCUGCUGCUGCUGCUCCCGCCGCCUCCGGGUGCCCUUGGCGAGAUAUGUAGGCCUUUAGGUGGAGACAACUUUCCAGAGUACUGUCCUGAUUUCUGCUGUGGUUCCUGUUCCAACCAAUAUUGCUGCUCUGAUGUGCUGAAGAAAGUCCCGUGGAAUGAAGACAUAUGUGCUGAGGAGGCCAGAUUUUCCACCCAGCCGGAGACAUUGGAGCAGCUGGGCUCGGCACUAAGAUUUCGAUCCAGCUUUGACAGUGACCCCAUGUCAGGGUUUGGAGCGACUGUCGCCAUUGGCCUGACCAUCUUUGUGCUCUCUGUUGUCACCAUCAUCAUCUGCUUUACCUGCUCCUGUUGCUGUCUAUACAAGAUGUGUCGCCGACCACGCCCUGUCGUGACCACCACCACAUCCACUACUGUGGUGCAUGCCCCUUACCCUCAACCUCCAAGUGUGCCCCCCAGCUACCCUGGACCAACGUACCAGGGCUAUCACCCGAUGCCUCCCCAGCCAGGAAUGCCAGCAGCACCCUACCCAACACAGUACCCACCGCCCUACCCAGCCCAGCCUAUGGGCCCACCGACCUAUCACGAGACCUUGGCUGGGGGAUCAGCUGCACCCUACCCAGCCAGUCAGCCUCCGUACAACCCAGCCUACAUGGAUCCCCCAAAGGCAGUCCCCUGAGCUUGCCCCCACCUCUCUGGCUGGCACUUGAUUAUACCAUGUGUGAGUGAGGGGUAUACAGGCACGGUUCUUUACUGCUGUGUGUGGUGUGUGUGCCCUUUUGAUAUGUGGCUUCCUCUGAUGCUGACCAGGUGGGGACAGAUCCUUCCCAGAGAGGGCCAGGACCAACUUGUUUUAUUCUUCACUUGAAAUUAUGCUUCCUGAAAUCUCAAGCAAACUCAAAAACAAUGAGGUGGUAGGUCUUUUCCAGUUCACCUAAGGGUGACCAGCUGUGGCCUGUCACACUAGGACAGCUUUUUAGGGGCAUGUGUCCUGCUUUAAGGAGUAACCAGCUAGCUGUUGCUUAGGGCCAUGGCUUGUCCCCAGGCUUAGCUGCGUUUUGCAGCCAGAGAGAUAGGCAGGUGAGCAGAACAAAGGGCAGACUAGGCUGAAGCUGUGUUGUGUGCAGAUGUGCUGUUGUUCCCUGGAGUCUGUGCCAUUCUCAGUGGGGUGGGUCCCCUCCUGAUGUUAAAGCACACCAGGUAGCCACCUACCUACCAACAGCUGUAUGUCUGAACUGUCCCUGCAUCUUCCCUGGGACUGCUUGGAGAGUCAUAUGCUCUCAUGGUUCUGGUGGGGAAGCUUUCUUACCUUUUCUGGCCCAGCUCCUGCCACAGGUGGGCAAGGUGGGCCUCUGGUCCACCAACACACUCAGGUCUUCUCCCUGCAGUGUUUUUUACUUUUAGCUAAACAUUUUGCCUAUUUUCUGUCUUCAAACAUGAUAGUUGAUACAAGGUUGAAACCCUUGGCUCCUGGAGGACAGCCUGACCUCUGAUAGUCCCAGAAA